CUUUGCAGCCUGGCGCGGAGGAGAGCAGCGCCGGGAAGCCGUUGAGAGGCGGAUCCGAAGCCGCCCGGAUGAGCCCCGCGAGGGCGAGGAGAAGCUGCGGUCCAGGGCGAGCCUGAGCCAUGUUCGUCUACGGGUGAUCCCCGGGCGCUCUGCAGAAGACACCCCGUGGGAGGCCAAGAUGUUCAGCGCAGCCCAGUCAUCCAAGGCCGAGUUCCUGGACAAGGCCCGGCAGGCCCGGGAGGAGCGCCGGGAGCUGAAGGAGCGUGAGCACGCUGCCGUGCAGAUCCAAGCCCUCGUCCGAAGGUUUCUGUGCCGCUGCCAGCUGCAGCGGGAAAUCAGAAACGAAGUGGAUACCUUCUUUGAGACAAGCGGUCCCGCCAAGAAGACGGCCCUUCCGCUGUUUAGAAUCUCCCAAAAGCUGCUCUUUGUUUUCAGACUCCCUCAGGACAAAGAGAGGUUUGAAAAGUUGUGCCGCUGCAUCCUCAGCAGCAUGGAUGCUGAGAACGACCCUAAGGCGUGGUACGUGUCUCUUGCGCUCUCGAAGGAGCUCACCCUCUUAUGGAUCCAGCAAGUUAAGGACGUGCUGUGGGUUUGCUGUGAAUUCCUGAAGCUGCUCAAGCCAGACAUCUUGCAAGAUUCAAAACUGGUAAAUUUACACCUCACAAUGCUGGUGACUUUUACGGACACCUCCACGUGGAAAAUCCUGCAGGGAAAAGGAGAAGCCCUGCGCCAUGCCAUGAGUCACAUCUGUGCAAAUAUCAUGGGACAUCUCAACCAGAAAGGAUUUUACUCUGUGCUCCAGAUUUUGCUGACAAAUGGUUUGGCAAGAUCUCAACCUUCCUUUUCCAAAGGCACCUUAACAGCGGCCUUUUCUCUUGCGCUGCGCCCGGUGGUUGCAGCUCAGUUUUCUGACAAUCUGUUGCGAUCCUUCUUGAUCCACAUCAUGUCCGUGCCAGCGAUCACGACCCAUCUUGCAACACUUACACCAGAGCGCCUGGCAGUGAUGGAAUCCCAUGACCUCCUGCGCAGGUUCAUGUUGUUCUUGAGCCGGGAAGAACAAUGUCGAGAUGUCUGCGUGUGUCUGGAAGGAAGCCAUACGCUCUGCCUUCUGGGCAACCUUGUCUACUUGGGGUCACUGAACGACAAGGUGCUGCAGGAAGAGACGGCACACUUCGUGAGCGUCCUCACCCAAAUGCUCUGCUACUGCCAAAAGUACGUCUCGCAAAAAAAGUCCAACCUGACCCAUUGGCACCCCGUCCUUGGUUGGUUCUCCCAGACAGUGGAUUAUGGCUUGAAUGAGUCGAUGCCCUUGCUCACCAAGCAGCUUCAGCACCUCUGGGGCGCUCACAUGAUCCGGAUCCUCUUCAGCGACGUCCUCAGCAAAAAGCUGCUGGAGAGCCAAGAAGCUGCUCGCCUGCCCCCGCCAGCAACCUCCCCGCAGAACAGCUUGCCUGUAAAGAGUCUCUUCAGGCGCGCCUUCCAGAAAUCAGCCUCAGUUCGCAACAUCCUGAAGCCCAUCGGUGGCAAGAGGGUGGAUUCGGCAGAGGUGCAGAAGGUGUGCAGCAUCUGCGUCUUGUACCAGAUGACGCUAACAACCCUAACGCAGAUUCGGUUGCAGAUCCUCACAGGCCUCACUUACCUGGACGAUCUUCUGCCUAAGCUCUGGGCACUCAUCUGUGAGCUGGGCCCCCAGGGCGGGCUAAAAGUCUUCCUUGAGUGCUUGAAUAACAACACUGAGGAAUCCAAGCGGCUGCUGGCAAUGCUGAUGCUCUUCUGUGAUUGCUCACGUCAUCUGAUCACAAUACUCGACGACAUUGAAGUCUACGAAGAGCAGAUCUCCUUCAAGCUGGAAGAGCUGGUGACUAUCUCCUCUUUCCUGAACUCCUUUGUCUUUAAGAUGAUCUGGGAUGGGAUUUUGGAGAACGCCAAGGGAGAAACCCUGGAGCUUUUCCAUUCGGUUCACAGCUGGCUGAUGGUCCUCUACGAAAGAGACUGCCGGCGGCGUUUUGCUCCAGAAGACCACUGGCUACGCAAGGACCUCAAGCCCAGCUUGCUCUUCCAGGAGCUCGACAAAGAUCGGAAACGCGCCCAGCUGGUCCUGCAGUACAUUCCCCAUGUCGUCCCCCACAAAAAUCGGGUUCUUCUCUUCCGGAAUAUGGUAACCAAAGAAAAAGAGCAGCUGGGACUGGUAGAGACCAGCUCUGCAUCACCUCAUGUCACCCACAUCACGAUCCGCCGGUCACGCAUGCUGGAGGAUGGGUACGAGCAGCUGCGCCAGCUCUCUCAGAACGCCAUGAAGGGCGUCAUCCGGGUGAAGUUUGUGAACGACCUGGGCAUGGAUGAAGCUGGCAUUGACCAGGACGGCGUCUUCAAAGAGUUCUUGGAGGAAAUCAUCAAGAAGGUCUUUGACCCAGCGCUCAACCUCUUCAAGACCACCAGUGGGGAUGAGAGGCUGUAUCCGUCCCCAACUUCUUACAUCCACGAGAACUACCUGCAGCUCUUUGAGUUUGUCGGGAAGAUGCUUGGAAAAGCGGUUUAUGAGGGAAUCGUGGUGGAUGUUCCGUUUGCAUCUUUCUUCCUGAGCCAGUUGCUCGGGCACCAUCACAGCAUCUUUUACAGCUCGGUGGAUGAACUUCCCUCGCUGGAUUCAGAGUUCUAUAAGAAUCUGACCUCCAUCAAGCGCUAUGAAGGAGAUACCAGUGACUUGGGCCUAACCCUCUCUUACGAUGAAGAUGUGAUGGGCCAGCUUGUGUGCCACGAACUUGUUCCAGGAGGAAAGACUAUCCCUGUUACCAAUGAAAACAAGAUCAGCUACAUCCACCUGAUGGCCCACUUCCGCAUGCACACCCAGAUCAAGAGCCAGACGGCUGCCUUCAUCAGCGGAUUCCGAUCCAUAAUCAAACCCGAGUGGAUCCGCGUCUUCUCUGCACCCGAGCUGCAGCGAUUGAUAUCUGGCGACAAUGCCGAGAUCGACCUCGAGGACUUGAAGAAACACACCGUCUAUUAUGGGGGGUUUCACGGCAGCCACAGGGUCAUCAUUUGGCUGUGGGACAUCCUUGCCAAUGAUUUCAGCCCCGAGGAAAGAGCCAUGUUUCUCAAGUUCGUUACCAGUUGCUCCCGGCCACCCCUCCUGGGCUUUGUCUACCUCAAGCCUCCCUUCUCCAUCCGGUGCGUGGAAGUGUCGGACGACCAGGACACGGGGGACACCCUCGGCAGCGUUCUGCGGGGAUUCUUCACCAUCCGGAAGAAGGAGCCAGGGGGACGCCUGCCCACGUCCUCCACCUGCUUCAAUCUCCUGAAGCUGCCCAACUAUAGCAAGAAGAGUGUCCUGCGGGAGAAGCUGCGCUAUGCCAUCAGCAUGAACACGGGCUUUGAGCUGUCGUAGCCCAGGGCCUUCGGAGGGCUGGCAGGAGAGAAGGGCCCGGGGCCAGCUGGCCAGACAGGCAGCGCCCUCCUGGAGCCUCGGCGAACAAGGCGGGCCUGGAGCCGUUGGAAUUCCAGUGCUGUGCCCAGGUAGAAAAAGGGCACCUUUCGGCACUGCUUAACUCCUCUGAGACCGCAGCUGGCCUGCCAUUAAAGUAGCAUUGCGUGCAAACCUUGUGAAGUUACCCAUUGCGGGAUGGGGGGUCACUGGAGGUUGUGCCGCGUGGAGGGCUGGGCAGGACUCCCUUGUUUUAAGAGCCACGCAGACCGCUGCAGAGGGGGUGAGCCACCUCUGUCCAGUUCCUGUCAUCUUGGUCUCUUCCUUCGUAUUGCUCCUCCCCUGUCCUGGCCCAACUUUGCAACCUGGCCUGAGCAGGUUCUCUUCCAGCACGCUGUUGUAAGACGCCACGUGGGGGCGAGUUGUGUCUGCUGCGUCUGCUUUGGAAAAGCACAAGGCCCAGGCUACUCAGAGGAAAUGAGAGACUUUGGUUGGACUUGUUUCGACAACCAGAACGCCUUUUCCUCACUGAUGCCAUAAAGCAACACAACACUGGUUUUACCUCUUGACCCGAGAGAGAGGGAGUCCUUGUUUAGCCCAGUUUUGUUAUAUUAAACUGCUGGCCAAACUAGUUUUUGUUUUUUGUUUUUAAAUCGGGGCAAUGCGUGCUUUUCCGCAAAUGCCCCAGGGUCCUCUCUACAGGAGGAACAGGUAACUUUUUCAGCUUGCAGAGGUUUCUCCUUUUGCAGGCAGACUCCACCUUUCUAGUUGUGGGACUGGAAUCCACCAGUCAUCUGUCGGUGACCCAUGACAUGCUGGGGCCAGGACACAGGGCAGGGCGUCUCUUAACGUGAACCAAGAGAGACUGCUUGGGUGCUCUCCUUUGGGCGCACGUAGGAUUCCCAGAACGAAUACAGGAUCCCUUUGACAAUCCUCCAUGUUGAAAGGACUGGAACAGGAGCUCAGGAGCACUUUGGUUGACAGGGAGGUGGUGGUCAGCAGCAUCCCUCUUCUUCUUCAAGCCCCAAGAACCAGCAUGCCUGCAGACGUGCAGGUGACCCUCCUGUGUAGAGCAGGGCAGUCCCGUGUCAGUUCUCUCAGGGACUCUUAUGCUGAAGUUUAGCUCGGCUGCUUGUUCAAGGAAACACUUGAGUACUAGUUGCAGAUGGGUCUAGACUGAAGGUUGUAUUUGCACCAACUGUCUCAGCUGCUCCAGUGCAAGUUGUUCUGUCCUCUUCUUGCGAUCUCCCAAACCCCAAGGAAUGACUCUGGAGAAUGUGGGGCCUUCAGAGGUCUGUGGAAUCUGGGUGCACUUCGACUGGUCUUCUCUGGAAGAGUUGCGCGUGUGCGGGCAUGCUAGAUGGAGUGCUCUGAACAAACACAACAGACUGAUUAAGAAAGGCUGCCUGGCACUGCUAUUUUUCUACCCAUUACAAUAAAUUGGAUGAAUUAGUCCACAGGAGAGCAUCUCCCACUCCUGUCCGAGCUAUAUUAACAGUAGCUUUCCACAGGGGUCUCUGCUCAGGACAUCCAGGGCCUAAAUAGGGUCCACUUGAGAAGUUUCCUGGGUCCCAAGUAGCUGCAGUGUUUGUGUGAAUCUGCUUAUUUUAGGAAUAUGCAUUACAAAUCUUGAGCGUGUCACUCUUUUGCACAAAUGUGAAAUAUGAAGGAAGAGCUAGUUUGUAACAAACUAAACAGCACAAGAUACUUUGAGAAAGUUACUUUUAUUAAGCCCAAUAUUAAUGCUUUAUAAUUUAAGAAUAUUGCUACUACUCUGAAAUGCCCCCCAACCCCAUUAUGAGCUGUUGCGCUGUGGCAGCUGCUGCAGGCCUUCCAGAGAAUUGCUCCAAAUUGCCCUUGUGCCUUUUGGAGAAGGUCGUGCAGCCUCCCCACCUCCCAGUGCCCUCCAGCCACUGGCUUGCAAUCCUGGGAGUUGCCGGCCCCGCCAUGUCUGGCAGCGGGCUGCAUGAUGGGUUUCACAGCCUUCAGCGUGUCAGCUGUGGCACUGCAGUACACAGACCCCACACUGGCUGUGUUCUCGCUCUGGUAGUGAGAGUUGGCUUCGCCUGGCGUUCCUUAAGUAGGAGCCUCAGAACCAGUUGGUUUUAUUCUCUCCCCAGCACUGUCUUGCAUGUGUUUUCGGAGAUAGGAGGAGAAACUUUUGCCAUAGCAGAUUAAUAAAUUAUUUUGCCCUUCUAUACUUAAUAUUUUUUAGUUACGCCACAUUCUUCAUGCUGGAAAUUCAGGAAUACAGGAAAUAAAGUUGAAAAUCUGG